CUGUUUUAUUUCUAGUACCGAAACAGUUGUUGGAGUUUGGGCGAUGUAGCUGUCCCUGGAAGCCCGAGUUUCUCCUCCCCAGUAAUGGAGUGGGCCGGUACUUGAAAGCCGAGCUGGCGCAUUGUUGAAAAAGAGCCAUCUUAUUCUUUUUCCUCAGGUGUUUGCUUCAGGUCUAGAUUUGAAGAAUCAUGUGGCAACGUCACAAAAAGAAUGCACAUGCCUGGAACUUCAAUAUGGGGUAACCAUUGCCCCUAGCAAAAUGUAGAAGCAUCAAGCUUCAGUAGAGGGUAAAGCUAGGUAGAGUACAUUGAGUGACAGUGGAGAAACAGAUCCGAUCUGUUGGCUCUCUCUGUAUGCAACUCUGAGCUCUCUAUAUAAUCUUACAGCUCCAAAUUAGAGCUUGAAAGCAUGGGCGCUUUGAGUCGGUAGGAUUCGAUUACAAUGUUUGAGUUUUGCAAACCUCUGACCCCUUCUCUGAAAUUUGUAGCAAGACUCGAUUACAUUUCCCCUCAGUUGGAGCGAGUGUCACCGUUGUACCUUUUAGGGGGUUUAGUUCAGUUUGGUAGUACCAAACUACCAAUCGUUGUGUUCAUAGCACCAUAGCAGUUUGUUUACUUGUACCAAAACAGUUGUUGGAGUUUAGGUGAUGUGUUACGCCACUGUCCCUGAAAGCCUGAAUUCCUACUUCGCAGUAAUGGAAUGGAGCGGUACAUGGAACCAAAGUUGGUACCUACAUGGCUGAUGCAUUGUUGAAUUUUUGUUGCUGCUGUUGCGUGUUUGCCCUGAAGUAAUUGUUGCGACUGUAGAUUGAAGGAUUAUGCGGAACCGUCACCAACCAAAUGUUGAAGAAUCAGACUCUAAUAUAGAGUUGCUAUUCUCACCAGCAAAAUGUGGAAGAACUAAUAUUUGAUAGAGGGUAGAUCCAGCCAGCUAGGUUGAGUACAUUGGGUGCCCAUUUGUUUGCUCUUUCAUAUAGUCUUUACCCCUUCAAAUUAGAGCCUCUUAAAAGCGUGUGUGGUAGCAGCCUGUGCGAGCUACUCAGCUGCCAAAGGAGUGAGCUACUCAACUCUGUUCUGUGGGAGCAUACUAAGAAACUCCUAGCAUUUUCAAUUAGUCCAGAGAUUUCAGAUUCCUACCAUGCAGCUAAAUCUAGUGCACAUGUUGUAGUUAAGGGAGCUUAGACUUGUUAAGCGCAUGCUAACUAUUUCCUUUCAUAUUUCACAAAGGAAUAUGAAACUAAGGACAAAACGACCUGGAUGGAAGUCCCUCGUGCCUCUGCAGUUGAGCAGGAAAUCCACCAUGCGCUUCUUUCUGUUUCCCAAGGUUCAGGCAUCCGGUCAAUCUCCAAAUGAUACUCCGGUUUAUCUUAAUGUGUAUGAUUUGACACCCAUGAAUGGCUACAUAUAUUGGGCAGGCCUUGGUAUAUUUCACUCUGGCAUUGAAGUUCAUGGCGUCGAAUAUGCAUUUGGAGCACAUGAUUAUCCCACAAGCGGAGUAUUUGAGGUAGAACCUCGUCAAUGUCCUGGUUUCAGAUUCAGGAGAUCAAUAUUCCUUGGUACGACGUGCUUAGAUCCCAUCCAAGUUAGGCAGUUCAUGGAGCUACAGUCAGUAAACUACAAUGGAGAUUCUUACCAUCUUAUCAUGAAGAAUUGCAACCACUUUUGCAAGGAUAUGUGUUACAAAUUGACCGGCAGCAAAAUUCCAAAAUGGGUGAAUCGGCUCGCCAGAAUAGGUGCCAUCUGCAACUGCCUCCUCCCGGAGUCUCUCAAGAUUUCCCCGGUCGGCCAUGAUCCAAACAGCCAGCCCGAGGAUUCAGAGAAGCGCCGCCUGCGAAACCCGUUAAGCUGCUUCUCCUCCAUCUCGAGCCAGAGAGCGCUUCCCCCGUCUUCUUCCCCUUUCCCUCCAUCGCCCGUGAAAGAGCCCAUUCUGAGCUCUUCAUUGAGGAAAUCCAGCACCGCGUCGCUCAAGAGUAGGUAGCCUGCGUAACUUUUGAGACCAAGUUGGCUAAUUCAGGCAGCGGCGGCGCAUCUGGACGGUGCCAGUUAAUUUCUCUCUCUCUCUCUCGGUGUCAGCCUAAUGCUUGCUUGUUGAUGUUGUUGUUUGUUGUAUCAUGUGAUGUAAUCCCCGUGAAAAGAGUGGCUAAAGACAGAUGUGAUUUGGGUGAACGAAUUCACCUCGAUUCCACCCGCUCCCUCCCUGUACUCCUGAUAGACUGUCGGCCAGAUUGGAUUUGUAUAUUAGUCUCUAUCUAUUCUUUCAGUUCA